UGCAUGUAUUGAGCUUUGAGUUUGAGGAGAAAGCGCCUUCAGAAACUGCUCCUGCAUUGAAGUUCGCGAAGUCUACUGCUAUUUGGCGUCGCCAUCAUCUAGGGGGCCUAAGUAAGAAUUCUUCAUCGCUGGAAGCACACGGAAGAUUGAAAUUUUGUUGGGGGUGGCGGUGCAAGAAAGGGUAUCAACCUUGGAGUGUUGGUGUUCAACAAAAGAUGACGGAACCGGAAGUUCUGAUCUUUGAUGUCAAUGAGACUCUACUAGAUUUUGCGGCGGCGCUUGAACCGAUCUUCAAGCGCAUCUUUGGGGUCAAGGCAGAGGGGAAGAGGCAGGCAUGGUUUGGCAUGGCGGUGCACUCAGCAUUUACUGCAAUCAUAACCAAAAAGUACUGUCCAUUUGGGGCCCAUGCGAUGUCUGCCAUCACAAUGCUCGGACAGCAGAACGGAGUGACAGUCUCAGACGAGGACAAGGAGGCGCUCAAGGAAGCAAUCCAUUUGGCACCCCCCCACCCUGAAGUUGAUGAAGCGCUGGCGCUCCUCAAGGAUGCGGGGUUCCGGCUUGCGGCGUUGACGAACAACGCGCAGAACGUGGUGGACAUGCAGCUGAAAAAUGCAGGGCUCACGCAGUACUUCGAGAAGAUUCUCUCGGCUGACACAAUAAAGGUCUUGAAACCCGCGCCUGAGCCGUACGAGUUCGCUGCAAAAGAGAUGGGCCUUUCCGGCCCGGCUGAGAUGCGUAUGGUUGCUGCGCACUGCUGGGACUGCGCAGGGGCGAUGCGCGCCGGUGCUAAGGCCGCCUUUGUUGAUAGACCGAGCGCGGCGUGGGACCCUUUGGUGGAGAGGACUGAUGUCGUCGGGUCCGACCUACUAGAAGUUGCUAAGGCCAUUGUAGCAAAGCGAAAAAGCACGUGACGAUGUUGGGCAUGUUUUUCUGACGCGCAGCACAGAUAGCAAGCAUGAGUCGUUCGGACAACCAGCUGUUGCAUUGGUGCCGGCGCCGCUGAGCUGUUUUCCUUUUGCUUUAGUACUGCUGCUAGGCCGUUUGAAUGGGCGUAUGUCUCACGCCAUGCAAUCUAUCAUGCACUAGGUAUGCUCAACUGAGACUCCUGAUGAUAUCCAGAGCACCGUCACGCGUGCUGAUCAAUUCAUG